CCUGUGUUUGAAAAUUGGGCUACCUGUGCUUACAAAAUGGCGUCCAACUUGUCAUAAAACGAUGGGAAAAUGUGCAAUGUUUUGCUGGAUCCAUGAACAGAUUCUUUCAAGCUCAUGGAUGAAAGUGACGUAGAUAUCUUCCAAGAUGCUAAUAAUACCAAUGCUUUGAGAGAAGAAAGUGAAGAAUUUACGGAUGAUUUGGAGUCUGGAAACGGAACUGAUGUUCGCCAAAAAGAAGAUGGCGCGAACUAUUUUGAGUCUUUGACACGUCCAAUUUCAGCUGCUUCGGCAGUUUCAAAUGCGUUGGAAGAUAGGUUUUUAAAAUCAAAUUCCGGUGAAGAGAAAACAGAUGAUGAUACUUACAAUCAAAAUAAUGUGGAAACUUCUGGUAACGAAAUUCAUGCUACAGUACCAAAUGAUAGUUUAGAACACGAGGCAAGUAUAGAAAAUGUUUCUGAAGUUGAUCCAAGUGCAGAAGUUCCAGCUGGUCCAAAAUCUUCAAGCCCUGCCUUUGGCAACGAUCCCUCCGAUAUUGCUGAAGAAAUCAGAAAUCACUUAAUUCCAAAGUACAAGCCUGAUGGUAGAGGGUUCUGUUGGCCAGUAGACAAAUUACCCUUGAGCGGAGAGCUUAGGUUUGAAGAAGGUGAACAGUGGAAAGUUUCUGAGAAAAUUGGACAUGGUGCAAGUGGUCAGUGCUUUCUUGGACAUCCAGUAGGGAAAGAAAAUCUAUUUUGUGUGAAAAAGUGUAAAUACCAUGACGAGGAAUUGAAGGCAUUAUGUUUAGCAGCAAAGGCAAAGUAUGUUAAGAAGAUUAGCGAAGGGGCUAAAAAAAUUGUGUUGCUUUAUGGUGCUACGUAUUACAAGUCUAAAUUCUGCAUUUUCAUGGAAUACAUGGAGGGAGGAACGGUACACGAUGCAAUAAUCGAAAACAGGGAAUACCAGGAUGGGCUUGAUAAAAUUGACUGUGCGAAUUACUUCAAAGAUGUCUUAUUAGCACUUGAGUUUAUACACAGUAAGGGGAUAGUACACAAUGAUGUUAAAGGAGAGAACAACACAUCAAAACCAAGUCAACUCACAUAUGAUCUAGUCCAAGCUGAACCCCGGACCACAGCAAUGAAAGUUAAUAACGUACUGUUGACUGCAUUUAGAUUGGAAGCAAAGCUUUGCGAUUUUGGAAAAGCAGCUGGAAUCAACCAACAUAAUCCAGCAUCUAAAGAUGUUUGGUCAGGAGGCUGCUUCUUACUUGAAAUGCUCGGCGAGAAGUAUUUCGAAGCAUUUCUAUCGGGACUCGCGAAGAAGGACGAUGUCUUAGAUCGAUUACCCGAAGACGUCGAACAAGAUACCUACGAAGUACUGAGCAAGUGUUUUUGUUCAGAAAGAAACAAAUAUACAGCCUCAGAGGUUUUGAAAUCUGCGUUUCUCAAUAAUGUUAAUUAAAGUUAUCCAGUCAUCCUUGUGGCAGAAGAUUUUUACGUUCAUACUGCAUUGUUGCCAUUGAAAGCUGAGUCUUACAGUUAUUCAAGCAAAAACAGGCAUCACCACAAGUCCCAAAGGCUUUGAAACACUGAGCUUACAAAAUAGAGAAAUGAAAUGCUGGACAUGGAAAACAGUGUGCAUCAAAUGCAGCAAUAAAAAGACGAAAUGUAGAAGCAUUAACCGUACCCACUUGUCACUAUAUAAUAGUAAUAGAUUAAUUUAUACCUUUAGACUUUAUUUAUUUAUUUUAUUAUAUCUUUUUACUUUUUAUGUUUCAAUUAUUUUGAAUGAGGUGCUCAUUGAACGAAGUUUACAAUAUCUUAAAGAAGCAAUUGAAUUUCACGCAUCACGUUAAGAAUCAUAGUAAAAUAUAUUGAAUGUUAACAUAUAAGCUGCAGCAUCCAGUCAGUUUUGUCAGAUGAUUAGUGUAUUCACUUUCCUGUAUUCUUGCAUGUCCCUAUUGGCGGAGCGGGGAUCAUCUGGCUGCAUGUCAACCCAGGACCACAUCUUGGGCAGUUAUUUCCAGACUAAACAAUAGAAUGAUUAAACAUUUAGUAUUUCCU